AUGUUUGAUCUGAUAAAAUAUAAAUUCAAGUCUCCUCCGUGGAGUUUUAGUAAAAUAAAAAAAUCUGCAUCAGAAAUCCGGAAGUGUGUAUAUCUACUUUCGAUUUUAAUUCGCUUAGCGCUGAUAUCCUAUUCGUCGUAUCACAACGACAAGUUUGAUCUAAAAUAUACCGAUGUAGACUACAAGGUUUUUACUGAUGCCUCCUACCUAGUCACAAAGGGACUCUCUCCUUAUGAGAGACAUACAUAUCGCUACACGCCCUUACUAUCUUUCUUAAUGGUCUUUAACAUCUACUUAUUCAAUGACUUUGGAAAAAUAAUAUUCUCAGCCUCAGAUAUAGCCAUUGGAUAUAUACUGGAAAAGGCAAUUUCAAAUGUAAAUGAUCUCAAAAGAGUAGCUCUAACGUCAUUAUGGCUAUUAAAUCCGUUUGUAAUCGGUAUAUCUUCUCGAGGGAAUGCGGAUUCUUUGAUAUGCCUCUUAGUUAUAGCAACUGUGUAUUAUAUAAAUAAAAAGGAAAUCGUGAAAUCCGCAAUUAUGUUCGGUUUAUCAGUCCAUGUGAAAAUAUAUCCUAUAAUAUACGCACCUUCCUUUAUCUUCUACUUAUACAAUAUGAACACCUUGGGUAUCUACUCACACAAAAAAUUUCCUAUGUCGCUACUUCUUAUUCCAAAGAAUUUUGUUGCAAACAUAAAUAAGCAGCAAAUCACUUUUGGAGUAAUCAGUUUCUUGACUUUUCUGAUAUGUACUACACUAUCAUAUUGGCUAUAUGGCUUCGAAUUCAUUUAUGAGACCUAUCUCUAUCACUAUGUGAGAAAGGACCAUCGCCACAAUUUUUCUAUUUAUUUUAAUCUCAUGUACUAUAUUGUAGAUACAAAAACGAAGAUGAAUCUAUUUUUAUCAUUUGUUCCCCAACUAUUUUCUAUUGUAAUCUACUCUAUUGUGGGCCUAUUCAACCUACCUUUAUCCAUGUUUUUACAGACAUUAUCAUUUGUUACACUUAACAAAGUUUGUACAUCCCAAUACUUCCUAUGGUGGAUAGUCUUACUUCCCCUAGUUUUCUCUAAUGUAAAGUUCAACUCCGAGAAGACGAGGACCCUCCUAACUACAGUAUUCUUUCUUGUUGUAUUCAAGGGUAUGUGGCUAUUCUGGGCAUAUCAAUUGGAAUUCCGUGGUUACAAUACUUUUUUAAUGGUAUGUGCAUAA